AUGAGCUCGGUUCCGCCCGAGCACGUCCGGGUCUGGUCCUUCCCCGUGCACCCGGCCAAGUUGACGAAGCCGACCUUCUGGUUCAGCGUGGACCUGGUUCGGGGCGUGGUCGACUACCUCCGCGUGCUGGCCGCCGUCUCCUCGCACAGGGAGCUGACGGACCAGAGGUGCGUGAGGUCGGCCAUCGAGCGCUACCGGCACCACUUGGCCCGCGUCGCCGCACUCCACAAGAAGCACCCUGGCCGUAGGCCCGAAGAUAUGCCACGGGCGCCGUUGGAUGUGGAGAUGGUGUGGCUCGCCCACAUGACCCGUACCAAGCACUACCGCGAGGUGUGUGAGCUCAACUUUGGCGCGCUGGUGGACCACAGGCUCCCCGCGACCACCAGUCUUGUCCUGCAUUCGACCUCCGACCCCGCGACGUCGCAGGACUGGCGCCGUCUCGACGCUGACGGGCUGGCCCAUGAGCCCGCCGGCACAAAGGACGGGCUGGGCGUCGACUUGGCCCCGGGUGACGUCAUCAACGACCAGGCCUGGCUGGCGCAGUUCGUGAGCGCCGCCGCCCACGCGCGCGCCCGAUGGGAGGGCCGACCACCGCAGCGGCCCGAACCGCAGCCGAUCCAGCGCGCCGCCGAGCUGGUCGAGUGGUUCAUCGAGCGCCUGCUCGAGGCCCCGGCUCCAGUCGACGGUCGCCCCAGCCCGAGCCUGGCCGACCAGCUCCUCAUGGGGUACGAGAAGAUGAUCUACCUGGUGGCGCGCCACCCGCACAGGACGCGGAAGGAGUUCUCGCCGCCGUUCCUGGUGGACCUCGUGUGGCACGUCCACCAGGCCCACCCGGUGGCCUACCGACGCGACAUGACCAGGGUGGCGGGCGUGGUGUUGGAGCACCACCCGUGGCCCAAGCCCGCGGAGAGCGGCAGUGGCGGGCUUUCGCAACGGAGCGCCGUGGCGCUGUGGAAGGAGGAGUUCAGCGUAGAUUCCUUCCACGCGUGCGAGCUCACCCAUCUCUUUCGCUCUUGA